ACCACUUGGAUAUAGACUUCAUCAAGGGGUUUUCUUGCCCUCUUUUACCCGCCUAUCGACUCAUAGACGUGAUGCUGUGAAUUUUUGGUAUUCUGGAAGUUGACAGACUCGAAGCUGUAGCCGCCGCACUGUUUCCUACCGCCAUGCCACCAUUUCCAGGCGAAGAAAUACUGGCAACAGUGUACGUCGACGCUCAUACCUACUUCGAUGCGCCGACUCCACGACCUUUCCUCCAUCGCUUCGACAAGUCGUCCUACUUCUACAUCUACUACAACUCGACGCGACAGACUAGCCGCAUCGAAGUCGCACUCCAUCCAGGCACAACCGAUCAAGCCGCAUUCAAUGGCUACCUGGACAAUGUGCACGUUACCAAUUCCCACCGCUUUCCUACCCGAGUGACGCUCGUCGUUGAUGCGACCGGCCCGGCCACCGCCUCGCCUGCCUCUGCUCGAUCGUCAAGAGAGCCAGACGAAUGGCGACUCGCCAGUGCGGAUCCGAGGGAUCCUGGGACCACAAAGUACAGAAUACACACUAUUGACUUUUAUUUCUGGAACCAAGAAGACUCAAAAUUGAUCGUGGACAUAUGCAAGAGAUUGUUACAACCACAUCAGUUAGACGUCGAUGAGCAUGAAGAACAGCAUGCGCACGAACUCGAUGCACAACCAGAACCAGAACCAGACCGCCAUGACACGGUCAGCGCCGUUGUCCAGAACCUCGAGCACGUCGCCAUAUCUGACCCGGCAUACCACAAGGACAAAAACCACGAAGCCGCCGCAGCUCAGCACCCUGGAUUCAGUCAAAUGCCACCCCCUCCACCACCACCACCACCACAAGCUCCGACCCCAGCUCACGCAGCGGCAUCGCCUGUACCUAGCUCCACGGCUGGGAACGUCGAUAGAACGCCAUCAGUACAAGCGUCGGGCCCAGGUUCAUCAUCCAACUUUGUUCCUCUGGCAUACAACCCGGCAGCACCAGCGGCGCCCGAACCAAUCGCCCAUCGGGAAGACACUCCUCCCCCGAUAGAUGCGACGGACGGCACGGGCUUAGCGACAGCAGCAAAGCACGACCAUCUCUAUGGCCACCCUCAGCAACCAUACACCGGCAGCCUGCCUGGUGGUCCCCAGCCCGACCCGUACGGCCAUUAUGGCUCUCCUCCACCACCUUCCUUCGGACCACAUGCUGCGGCUCCAUCACCGCAUUCCCACCCUUCAUUCGGCCCUCAAUCAGCAGCCACUCCUUUACACCACCCAUCCUUCGGCCCAACACAAUCCGUCUCCUCUGCGCUCCAGACCUCCCCACGAACAUCCGCCUCAACCUCUGGAGCACAACGACCACCUUCGAGCGCCACCAGCGCCGAGAACAACAGCGGCAGCAGGCAUCCCAGCAUGGCCGCGCAGCACUACGUCCCCAACAGCGUGCAAGACCCCAACGCGCACAUCUUCGGCGGCGCCAGCCAGCAACAGCAGCAGCAACCCGUCCAGAGCCCCGGCACACAAUUCUACCAGGCUGUCAACGCACAACCUCACAAGCCACUGCAGCACAUACAACCCCAAUAUCCGGACUACUUGGCCGCGGGAUCAUCUCCUCCACCUCCCAUGGGAGGCUAUGCGACCUACAGCUACGGCCAUCCCGGACAACCCGCUGGUUCUCCUGCGGCCGCUGGCAAACCCUAUGACAUUCAUAACCAAGUCUAUCGACCCACGGAGGAUGAAUACCACACCCACCAUCACCAGCACAAGCCCUCGCGCACGUCGAGUGCACAUCACCAGCCAUCUACUGCAGAGAGACUCGAAAAGGGGGUCGGGAAGUUCUUCAAGAAGAUUGAGAAAAAGAUUGGAUGAUGGACGAUGAUUACGACUAUGAUGAACUGAUGUCGUUGGCACGAAUUGUAUUUUGAUAAUGGUGAGUCUUGGAAUAUUAGCAAGCGUUUUUGAGCUACUACAUUGUCCAAUGCUAUUCUCUUGACCUUGAGAACUACCUGUUGCUAUUAAUCUAGUUGUCCCUUCUUGCGAUUGA